UGAAUCCAUAAACAUCCCACUUGACUGUCUCUACCAGAAACUGUAAGAGAGAGAGGUGUUCCUUGUUCCCUUGUUUGCCCCUGUAUAUUUAAGCCCUUGUUUUUUCUUGUUUCCUUUGUUAGUCUUUGCAUGUAUUAUGCGUUACUCUGUAUGUUUGUUCCCCGUGUUUUGUUUCUGUAUGUUCUGAGUUACUGAGUAAAAACGCUGUGUUUAGAUCCUCCAACCUCUCCUGAUUCGUUACAGAAAGACUGACCCUCCGAAAUGGAUCUAGCAGCGUGUUUUAUCCAGUUGAGCUGAGCGAACCUCCCAAUCAGGGAAUUUUCUCAUUUAUUUAGCACCAUUGCCAGACACGCAGAAUUUACCAAUUCCCACUUGAAAUCCCUAUAUCAGAUCGGCCUCAUAGCUCACAAGUGGAGGGAAUUGCCGGAGUCCAGUGAUCACAUGUGGGAGGAAUACGUGUAGUUAAUCUUGGAGACAUUUGCUUCUGAGGAUCCUCCCCUCUCAAUCCCGGUUCUGGUUUCCAAGUCUUCCAUACCACAGCCUGCUCCACGCCAUGUCACAGCAACGCCUCAACCUGCUCCACACUAUAUCACGGCCAAACCUCAGCCCAUGCCAUGUCACAGCUACGCCUGAAUCUGCUCCACACCAUGUCACCACCGAGUUUAAGUCUACUCCACGCCAUACCACAGCCCAGCCUCCCACAGCCCUCGUUUCCAAGUUCAUUUGUCCACCACUUAUGUCAGUGCUUAGGAUCAUGAAGACCCUUCCUCACAGCUUGUCUGUACCCACGCCUGCCAUGGCCAAUGAGCCAACGUCCACACCUGCCACGGCCAACGAGCAGGAAGCCUCGUCCGUCCCAGAGCCAGCGUUGCCAACUUCGGCCUCCCAGAGGAGGCAGAGAAGGCUUUCAUUUCCAAGUCUUUGCCCAUGCCCACGACCACAGAGGUCGUUUCCAAGUCUCCGCCUAUGCCCACGACCACAGAGGCUGUUCCCGAGUCUCCACCCAUGCUCACGACCACGGAGGUCUUUCCCCAGUUUCUACCCGAGCUCUCGACCACGGAGGUCAAUCUCCAGUCUCAGCCUGUACUCCCCUCCACGGCCCUCAGCCCCGAGCACUCCACGGCCUCUUCUGUUGAGCCUUCCCUGACUCCGUCUUCCACGGCCCCGCCCGCUCCCCCAGAGACUCCUCCUACAGUGGCUUCGCCGCCUGACCCUGUCCCGUGGCCGCCUCCCAGGCCUCCUGUCCCAUGGCCACUUCCCAGGAUUCCUGACCCUGUCUCGGCCCUGCGGCCGCCUCCCAGGACUCCUUACCCAGUCCCCACCUUGAGGAGGUCUCCCUGGUCUCCUGGCCAUCCGCCUGAUCUGUUCUGGUCUCCCUGGUCUCCUGGCCGUCCGCCUGAUUGGCUCUGGUCUCCUUGGUCUCCUGGCUGUCUGCCUGAUCUGCUCUGAUCUCCCUGGUCUCCUGGCCAUCCGCCUGAUCUGCUCUGGUUGCCUUGUUCCUCUGCCCCCUCUUGUGCCCCCCAGAAUGGCCUAUUUUCCCCCACACCCCGUGGACAAAUGUUUUUUUUGUUUGGUUUUUUUUUUUUUUUU